AUGGCGUCGACGGACCUCGUCUUUGGCGUCUUUACGCCGCAGUGCUUUGAGACGUACUUUACGCAGCACGACUUCCUCCACGUGGCAUGCUUCAAGGCCGUCCUCUCCAAGGCGCUCGGCUACGCCAUCAUCCUCGGCAGCUUCAUCCUCAAGCUGCCCCAGAUCCUCAAGAUCAUCGCCGCCAAGUCGGUCGCGGGCCUCAGCCCGUCCGGCUUCUACCUCGAGGUGCUCGUCUUCCAGGCCAGCGUCGUCUACAACUUUCUCCGCGGCUACCCCAUUAGCACCUGGGGCGAGAACGCGGUGAUCCUCGUCCAGAACUGCAUCCUCGUCGUCCUCCUCUGGGUCUACUCGGGCGCGCCGCGCUCGCAGCAGCUCCUCGGCGUCCUCAUCUUCGUUGGUCUCGGCGCCGCCAUGCUGCACCUUCCGGACGAGCACCUCUGGAUCCUCCCGUCCGCGAGCAUUCCCGCUUCAAUCAUGUCGCGCAUCCCGCAGGUCUUCUCCAACUUUAAGCAAGGCCACACGGGUCAGCUCGCCUUUGUGACGCUCUUCCUCAACCUCGGUGGCGCCUCUUUACGUCGCUCCAGGAAACUGGCGACCAAGUGCAGAUGCUGGGCUUCCUCAUCUCGGUUGCGCUCAACGGCAUGCUCGUGGCGCAGGUCCUCUUCUACUGGCGCGCCACGGACGCCGCCAUGGCCAAGGAACAGGCCGCGACGGACAAGAAGAAGAAGGCGUAG